AUGACGGCCGAAAAACAAUCCCCAGCCGGAUCCGGAACGAUCGAACCGGACCGGAAGAUAGUCAAGCUUUAUUUGGCCGCAAUGGCGGCCAACAUCAUCUCGCUGUCGCUGGGCACGGCCAUCGGGUGGCUGUCGCCGUUUCUACCCCUGCUGAUCUCGCCCAACUCACCGCUCGAACAUGGCCCCGUUACGGACGUCCAGGCGACCUGGAUCGCGUCCCUGCUGUGCAUCGGUGCGUUCGGUGGUACCUUUCUGUUUGGCUGGAGCGCGGAGAAGUUCGGCCGCAAGCCGUCACUGCUGGCGACCGCGAUGCCGCUGGUCGGUUUCUGGGGCUGUGUCGCGUUCGGUACCACGGUCGAGGUGUUGUACGUGGCCCGACUUCUGGCCGGACUUGCAGCGGCUGGCGUGUUUCUACUCGUGCCCAUGUACAUUACCGAGAUCGCUGAAGAUAGGAUACGCGGCACACUUGGAUCGUUGUUCAUUCUGUUCCUCAACAUCGGCACACUGGUGUCGUUCGUGAUGGGCAGCUACCUUUCCUACCACAUGACGGCGUACAUUCUGUUCGCGCUACCGAUCAUCUUCUUGGCACUAUUUCUACAAUUCCCCGAAACACCACAGUACCUUAUUCGGCGCAACCGUGUCCGGGAUGCGGAAAGCUCGCUGAAGUACCUCCGUGGAUACACCUCCACGCCCGACCACUUGGAGAUGCUGCGCUCGGAGAUGGACGGACUGUUGGUGCAGGUAUCCGGUGAGAAGGACAGUACGGAACAGAGCAGCAUUUCGUUGGCGGACUUCGCGCCAAAGUCAGCACGUAAAGCUCUUCUGAUCGGACUGGUGUUGGUGUCGUUUAAUCAACUCUCUGGAUGCUUCGCCCUGAUCAACUACACCGCCCAGAUCUUUGCCGACUCGGGUUCCGAUCUUGAUCCCAACAUAGCCGCCAUGGUGGUGGGCGCCAUACAGAUUCUCGGCUCGUACGGAUCGACCAUUAUCGUCGAUCGUUGCCAGCGCAAGCAUGUGUACAUCGCAACGAGCUUUUUCGCCGCGAUCGGUCUAUUUGCGAUGGGGACGCACGGUUAUCUGAAGAGCCAGCACGUGGAUGUCAGUGCGAUUAACUGGAUACCGGUCGCUAGCCUGUCGUUUGUCAUAUUCAUCGCAUCCGUCGGUAUGCUGCCGCUUACAUUUGUUAUUCUAUCCGAGAUUCUGCCACCGAAGGUUCGCAGCCUCGGAGGAUCCCUCUGUACGGCUUUCCUAUGGACAAUCAGCUUCCUGGUGGUGAAAUAUUUCCCCGUCACGGUCGAACUGAUUGGGCUGCACGGUUGCAUGUGGGUAUUCAGUGCCGUCUGCCUGUUUGCCGGUCUCUUCAAUGCCAUCUUCAUACCGGAAACGCGUGGUCGCAGCAUAGAACAGAUCAUACACGCAAUGGAGAACAACAUUAAAAGCUAG